AUGUGCCGCCUUCCUGGCCCGCCAAGGCAUGACGAGGCUUUGGUCUUUGGCGUUCAGGAGUCAGGGGAGAAGGUGUCGUCCAGCAUUGGGCGGGAGGUUCAAGAAGGGCCUCUUGUGCCGGGUCCUUCGCUGGCGUCUGUCGGGAAGCGCGUGGAGAGUGCGGAGAGCAGAGGGCCAACAUCCUCCGCAAUCAGGGAGAAGGAAGGCCAACGUUACGUCCUGGAGUGCACCGAGCUGCGGGCAGCACUGAAGGAUGCCGAGGGCGCGCACGGGCGAGAGCGCCAGACCCUCUUGGCAGAGCAGAACGAGCUGGAGAGAGCCACUGCUCUCCAUCAAAAUGCGGCCUCACACAGCAGCCGGCAGCGUGACGUGCUUUCCAAGCAGUUGCUGGAGCUGCAAGAGGAGGUGCAGGAGAAGCAGUACCAGCUUACAGGCAUAGCGAGGCAAGAGUCAUCAGAGCGGCACAAGUCCACCCUGAUGUUGCAGGACAGCAGGGAUGCUUUGGCGGAUGCCUUGGCGAAGGGAGCUGCCAUGCUGAAGCAAAAUCAGGGCCUGGUCCGUGACCACGAAGAGAAGAAAGCAGCAGCUUCGCAGCAUGCGACCACGCUCCAGAGCACACUGAGCGAGGUGCAAGAUACCUUGGUGCAGUCGAAGGCCGUGGCAAACCAGUAUCGUGAAGAGGCGGACUCUUGGAGAAAAGCUCACGAGAAGCUGUCGGAGGAUUUCACCACGAUGAAGACUCGAUGCCGAUCUGCUGAGCUGCAGCUUCAAGAGAGUCAAAGCGAGCUGGAGAUCUGCCAGUCCGGCAAAGAGCGCGCAGAGCAAAGCGUGCGAAGUCUCCAAGAUCAGGUGGCCAAGGUGUCGCAGGAGCUGAGUUCACUUCAGCAUGCGCUUGACCAGAAGGAGUCCGACUUGACGGCUUCCGAGAUGCGUUUGUCUGAGCUGCAGAUCAGAGCUGAACGAGUCAGCCGCGAGCGGACGGAGCUGGAGCUUGAACUCGAGAAGGCCCAGCAAGAGACGCAGCAAAGUGCGGCAGAUGCCCGCAGCUUGCUCCAACAGAAGACCUCGCAACUGACAUCCCUACAGCGGGUGCAGCAGCAGAAGGAAUCGGACCUGGCAGCUUCAGAGAUGCGUCUGUCGGAGCUGCAGGACAGGACUGAGCGAGUCACCCGGGAGCGGAGAGACUUAGAGCUUGAGCUGGAGAAGGCCCGGAAAGAGUGGGAGCGAAGUGCUGCAGAGGCCCAGAGCCUGCUCCAGCAGAAGACCUCCGAAUCGGCAGAGUUGCGUGCUGCCCGAAACGAGACGAGAGCACAGCAAGAGCAAGCUGCCCUCUUGCAGAAGGGCUUAGAGGAGUCCCGGCAGAAGUGUCGCAGUUUGCAGCAAGAGCUGGCCGAGUCAUCAAGUCAACUUCAAUUAGCUGCUGAUCAGCGCCGGCAGUCUUCCCUGAAGCGCGAAUACCAGGAGCGUGCCAUUCUGGGCUUGGAGGAGCAGGUGGUCAGAUUGAACGAAGAGAUAUGCCAGGCCAACGACCAGCUGGAGAACGGGCACGUGAAACAGCGAUCGGCCGAGCUCCAGAUCCGCGAGAUGGAGCAGAAUGCUCAGGUCAUGGCCCAGAAACAACACAAGGCACUGGACCUCCAUUCUUCCAAGGAGGAGGCGGCCGCGGCACGACUGGUGGAGCUGGAAGCCUCUGUGAGCCAACUUCGCUCCCAGCUCGCUUUGAGGGAAAGUGAGGCGCAGCACAACGAGAGACAGGCCGAAAGCACGGCCGCACGCGUGAAGGUCUUGGAGGCGAAGGAUGCAGCGUGUGGCAAGCGCACCGCUGUUGCGGAAGCUCGUGCUGCGGAGCUGGAGUCCAAGUUGAGGCAGCUGCAUGCGACUGCAGCACACGUGCAGGAACAGCUGGGCCUUUCCCGGGCAGAGCAAGUGCAGCUGGCAUCCGAGAAGUCGCGCCUUGAAGAGCAGUGCUUGGCAUGUCAGAGAAGGCUGGCGGAUGCUGAGGUGCAGGUACAAGAUGCCCAGGCAGAGAAGGAGCGCUGGAAAAGCCAGCAGAAGAUUCAAGAGGAUCGAGCCCUGAAAUGGGAAGCGAAAGUUGCCGAGCUGCUCAAGGAACUCCAAAGGCUCCAAACGGAAGGGCCUCAGCUGCCUUCGCAUGCGUGGAGCGAGGUGGGAGAUGAGCGGCUUGGCCGCAAAUCUCGUGGCUUCGGAGCUCAUCUGAACCCAACACCCUCGCUUGAUAGGCCCCUUGGAUUUCGGACAUCUUCCAGGUCUUCGCAGGUAGGGUUCCUCGGGGACUAA